AUGUUGGAUCCCUGUAGAGGUUUUUCCUCGAUCGAAAUUUCCAAGGUUUGCGGGUCCCAGCUGUAUCUGGAGUUGGGCUUACAGCUGAAGGCCAUUCAUCGCGUUUUAAAGUUUUCGCAGAGUGCAUUCCUUAAAGAUUUCAUCGACUUUAACCACAACCUGCGAAAACAGGCGACAAAUGCUUUUCAAAAGAACCUAUCUAAACUCAUUAUGAAUUCAAUUUAUGGCAAGACAAUCGAAAACCCACGCCAGUACAAUAACGUUGUCAUUAGCGUGAGCGAGGACGAAGUGCUCAAAAACCUGCAGAAGCCUAACCUCAGGCAGUUUGCGGCAAUCAGCCCGACCGUGGUAAUCGUUCAGUUUUCCCAAAGAACGCUACACUUGAACAAACCCGUGUACGCGGGUUUCUCUAUCCUAGAAAUGUCCAAACUGGUCAUGUACGAAUUUUUCUACAAGCAGGUCAGGCGCGUUUUCCCCGACGCUCGCGCAGCGUAUAGUGAUGCGGACUCUUUCAUUCUCCAAAUCACCGACCCGGAUGUAGACUCGAAGCUCGCGACUCUUGCCGAAACUCACCUGGAUACUUCUGGGUACCCGGGCCAUUACCCCUUGUUCUCUCCCGCAAACAAAAUGAAACUAGGAGUGUUCAAAAAUGAAUUCCCAAAAGAUCACAUUCUUGGAUUUGUUUGUCUGAAACCAAAACUCUAUUCGCUCGAACUAGCCUCUAGAGAGCACUAUGUGAGGGCGAAAGGAGUGAAAAGGUGCGAGUACCGUAAGCUAACCUACGAGCUCUACGUUCAAACUCUCGAGCAACAAACUCUGCACAAGAUCACGCAGCGGACUAUCGCUCGUAAGUUGUGCGAGAACAAGACUGUUGCCGUGGAGAAGAUAGGACUCAACCCGUUUGACAACAAGCGCUUCAUCGACACCGACGGUGUUUCAACUCUUCCCUUCGGACAUUGGAGCCUCUAAGUGAAGUGCUUUCUUUUUCUCCAUCAUUUCAGACUGAUGUAUCCGUGUGUACACAAAGGGUUGUGUAAAGGGCCAUUUUUUUGUGUGAUUUUCAUUUAGCGCGAGGGUUUUUCCCCCCCGCCGAGUGUUUGAUGCUUGUAUAAAGAGCUGUCGCGCUCCCUUUGU